AUUGAUCGUGUAUGGUGGGAAAUUGGAUGAAAUAUUUUCCAUCAAUCAAAGAUUGAUGGAAUGGAGCCGGUCCUAUUUUUGAAUGACGAAUUGAUAAAAUUUGACCGUGCACAGCGGGCAUGGAUAUUUAUUGAACAAUUAACCCUAUUGAAUUGAAUUGUUCGUGGGUUCACCGAAAUCAGUGAUCGUCCAUUCCUCCUUCAUGAUGACGGUGGUUAUGCAAUUUGACGGGUUUGUAAUGCAAGGCCUAGAUUCCACAGUUUGCCUCUCAUAGACGACAACAUGGGCUGGACGCAGAGGGCAGUGGAAAUCAUGAUAGAGUCGUAUAGGGCCCACCCAAUCCUAUACAACACCAAAGAUGCCCUGUACCACAAUCGCGUUAAGAAGGAACUGGCCUACCAAGAGGUACUUGAGGAUGUCUGCAAGGAAAAGAGUGACUGCACGGUUGAUGACGUGAAGAAAAAAAUGAACGGGCUACGUAGCAACUUUGCUAGGGAAAUGGAGAAGAUAAACAAGACCAAAAGAAGUGGUGCUGCGGCAAAGGAUGUGCACAAGCCAACCGUAUGGUGGUUCCAGAAGCUGCUCUUUCUUAAGGACCACGUAGAGGCGAGGCCCAGUUCUUGCUCAAUGUCGAGAGGCACAGAUUGCAAUGAAACACUUGACAAGGACUCCUCUGCUAAUGACGACUACGGCCAAGAGUUGCAUGAUGAAUCACCACGUCCUGGAACGCCAUCGGUAGGAUACUCAGCAAAACCGUGCACAUCCCAGGAACCGAGUAGACCUAAACCAAGGGCGAAAAAAAGUCGUUCUGUAGAGGAGUCGAUGUUGCACACAGCAGCUGAUGCUUUGACUGAAUUGAAAGAUGCUGUUGUCAGUUCAAACAUGAAUGAAAGCACUAGUACACCAACGCAGAACGAGGACCAAUUUGAUAUUUUUGGUAAAUUUGUGGCUUGCGAAAUGCGCAGCCUGCAGCAUGCUGACAUAAGGCAAAGUGCAAAAAGGAAAAUAAACAUGGCGCUUCUUGAUGCGCAAGAGUCUGAGUUGGGCAGAAAUACUCAGUUGACUAGAAGAGUCCCUCCGAAGCACAUUAAUAAUGCAACAGUUCCUCCUGGAAAACAUGGUUACAACCAGCAGUGUUCCAUCAUGACGUAUAACGGUCAGCCUAGUCGUAAAGAUUUUCCAAAUGUAACAACUUCAAAUGCAUGUAGCAUGGGGAACACCGCUGAUAUUCUUGGUAAUGCCAUGAUGCAAACAUUUUACAGUACUGAAUGAUUGUGCAUUUAAGUAUUUUGUUAUUGUAAAGUCAGCUACAGCAAG